CUGUCAGAUCUCGUCACACCUGCUUUCAUUGUCGACAUUGAUGUCGUCAAGAGAAAUUGUGAAAACAUGAUUGCUAAAGCCAAAGCAGGCAAUGUAAAGCUUCGGCCAAAUGUAAAAACUCAUAAGACAAUGGAAAUCGCAAAACUGCAAGUUGAUGGAGAUUUGUCAAAUGGAAUCGUUUGCUCAACAUUGGCAGAAGUCAGUUUCUUUGCUUCCAACGGGUUUAGUGAUAUCACCUACGGAAUUCCGGUCUUUUGCAUGCCGAUUUCCCAAAGUACUGGAUGCAAGAUCUCUUUAAUCGUAGACUCUGAGGUUCAGGUUGAUGAGCUCAAAAACUUUAUAGAGGAUCAAGAAAAUGCGCAUUUUGGAUGCUUCUUGAAGAUCGACACCGGAUAUCAUAGAGCUGGGGUUGACAUCAGGUUGAACAGGGCAACUGGUUUGCUCGCGCAAAAGAUAUCAGGAGAGAAAAACAUAACUUUUCGAGGUAUCUACAGUCACUCUGGUCAUGGCUAUCAGGCUCAAGACACAGCAGAGGCACAGAACAUUUGUUUAGAAGAAUGCAAGAUGGCGAGGUCUUUUGCUGAUUUCUUGAUUGAGAAAGGCCUCGAUUGCCAAAUAGUUUCUAUUGGUAGCACCCCUUCUUGUGGAAGUUCAAAUCAAUUCCCUGGUGUCACAGAAAUCCAUCCCGGAAACUAUGUGUUCUUUGAUCGCCAACAGGUGCAAGCCGGAGCUUGCAAGGAGGCAGACGUUGCGGUUCGAGUCUUGACACGCGUUAUCGGGCAUUACGAAAGUUCGGGUCACAUGCUUUGUGACGCGGGAUCUCUCGCCAUGUCGAAAGAUCUGGCUCCGCAAGACGAUCACUUCGGAUUUGUUGAAGGCUGCGAUCUUGUCCUUCAAAGCUUAUCGCAGGAAUGCGGGAAAGUCAUGACCAAGAAGACUUCCACAGGGAAGCGAGCACCUUACAACAUGGAUGAUUACCCAAGAGGUUCUUUGCUCAAGAUUGUUCCCAACCAUUCCUGUCUCACAGCUGCGUGCCAUCCGCUUUAUUACAUUGUAGAGAACGACAUGGUGAUUGAUAUCUACAAGCCGUGCAGAGGCUGGUAGUUGCGAGUUCAAC